UAAGAGUUGGUGCAGAUCGAUUUGGAGUUCGACCAAGAGGAAACGAGUUCGUACAGGGCCGAUCUUUCGCAAGAAGGGAGGAAAGGUGGUAUUUAAUUUUCAACACUUCGUGAAACCGGAGAUAAUCAUCGAGGAAUACACUCGCGUGAACAUUUACAACAAGUAAUAUUUAGUUUUCUAAAUGAAAUAUAAUAAUGAUUAGAGAAGACAUUCUUUCACGGUAAGACUAAUUAAGCUUUUCUUUGUAAUGCCGAUCAAGCGAAUGCAUUAAGCGAAAAGAAAGGUCUGUGAUGUUAGUACGAGAACAAUGGAAAUUGCAGUUUUGAGAUAAUGAGGUGUUGCAUGAAACGGUGGUAGAUUUUUCGAAAACACUGAUUUCUGAAAUUUCACAGGCCGCGUUUAGUCAAAAUUAACAAGAAAGAAUCGCCGAAAUCUGCGUCGUGCAUUCGUGAAAAACAAGUUUCUACGGAAGCGAUUCCUCGUCAAAGCAAAUCUAAGUGUGAAAAGACACGAACGAAUAUCGAUGCUAAAGUCGAAGAAAAGAUAGCUGGAUGGAGGUUAAAGAAAGUUAGAUAUGGAUACUAAUAAUGAAUAAAUAUUAAUAUAAGUAUUAUCACGGAUCAGCAUAUCUUGUAAAAUUCCAUGUGACCUUGUAGAAAGAUUUUUUAUCCAAAUUAUUUUGUAAAAUAUAAGAAGUGCAGUCGUGUAAAAUCUUCAGAAGGAAAACACAUAUAGAGGAGCAAAAUUUGUUUCGAUGUUACAAUUAUGAUCUUAUUAUCGAGCCUGAUAUCACUUCUUUAUUUUACUUUUUCUCGAAGCGCUAAAAUUAAUUCUUAUAUCGAUUGUACAGUUGAACUUUACGUUUAUUUGAACUUUAAUCUCGAUAAUCGUGUUUUAUAAAAACAUCGCAUAGAGAAACGUAAAUUACAGCGAUGUACACAGAAUUUUAUAAGAAAAUCUGUGUAAAUAUGAAGAAAGUCUGUGUCAAUAUUCUUGUUCGUUACUGUAUGUAAUUGUUCCCCCCAAAAAAUGUUUACUUUUUAAUUCUCAGUUUGCCAACUUUAUCAUAUUUAUGUGUAUUGAAUAAAUAUUUACAUCUACUGUUUUAAUAUGAAUUGUUUAUUCAAAAUGAUUAACAUAUCAGAAAAUACUCAUAGUCCGUAGAAACCGUGCCAAAGAAGACAAGAAGGACUCCAAAAAGAGUUACAGCAACGCAUAAUUUUAUAUAUGAGUUCAAUCCAUUUGGAAAUCCAACAUCCACUUCCAAUAAUUCAACGACGGUGAAAGGAAUUCGAAAUCUGUUGAAUGUUGGAGAAGGAGAUUCGCUUUUCAGACAUACAAAUAAAAAUUCCACUAAUGUUCGGCCACAUACCACGGCAGAAUUACCAAAAUUGCAUUCACGUAGCGAUACCCUGCGAAGAAAUUCAGCAAGACACGAAAAUAUAACUAAUUAUGGGAAAACUGCAAAUUUACCUACGAUAAAAAGGCAGGAAAUAGGCGACGAGCUCCGAUUGGCUAAAGCUCGUAACGAUAGACGAAAGCUUGUCAGCAAAAUUGAUCAAGAAGUUGAAAAAGUAAAGUCAGAUUGGCAAGCAUUACGUUCGAAUAGCGAAUGGACGCAAAGUAAACAUUUUGCAAGUGACCGAACGAGAAAAUUGUAUGAUACGCUAGAAAAAAUGACACAAGAGAUAGAUAAAAUGCAAAAAUCCUAUUUGGAUCCAAAAUCAAACCAAUAUUUGCACCGAGGCGCAAUGAAAGCCUUAGAUCCUCCAGAUUUAUCUUUCGAAGAAAAGGCGGCGAAAGUUAAAAACAUGCUGUUCCCUAAAGAGAAUAAAAAAAUAGUUGAUGGAACGUUGAAUAAUCUAUCAAGCACGUUAAAAGGUAGUUUAUCAGGCGUAGUUUCAUCAAAAGAUAUACCCAAUAAAGAAGUGGAAAAGAGAUCGCUUCUUUCCAAUAUGCAAUCUCAAAAUGUUAAAAACAGUACAAAAUUAAGUAAUAACUUGCCGUCGAAUCUUAUUAAGCGAAAUACAAGUGCAAAUAAUCGGAAAAAUUUAAAAAAGAUUAAUUCUGAUACUGAACAAUAUUUGAGCAAUUAUAUUAAUGAAGCAGAAAAAUUUUUUGUUAAUAAAGAAGAACCAAAAAUUAAAGAAUUAGAAAUCCAUCCAGAAGAUGUAUCAGAUAUACUGAAAAAGCUGAAUAUAAAUUCUGUUGAUAUAUUUGAUAUUGCUAAUAUCACUGGAGAAGAUUCUCCAUUACAGAGUGUGGAAAGAAUGGGAAGUAGACAAAUGCAAAGUUCUGUACAAACAAUUAUAGAUGAAGAGAUUGGAAGUGGAAAAGUAAAAGAGGAAGGAACUACAAAAAUUUCGUCAUUAAAGGAAGAUGAUCGUUUAACAGAACAUAAUAAUGUGUUAAAUUAUGAUACUUCCAUUCAAACGAAUAUUAAAGCUAUACAUCGAGAUAAUGUUUUUAUAGAAAUGGGUUUGCACGCAUUGAGUAAUAAUUAUCCUCAAAAUGCUUUGAUGCGUGUUCUUCAGUCUGAAUAUCUAAAAAAGGAUAGAACGUUAAAACCUAUGUAGAACUUUAGAUAUUAGCAAUAUUAG